UAUGAUUCGAAAAGGAAGCAGCCAGUCUGUUUCGGAUGUUUGGAGUUGUAAGACGUAAACGGAUGGUACUUCUAAAUGUUAACCGGUUCGCGAGAAGUGUGUCAAAGUCGAUGUAACGUGUUCUGUGCGUCCAUAAUCAACCGUAGCUCUAAGUGUCUUCGGACUUCGGAUAUGGUUUCUGUCUAAUAAAAAAUGCCGGUGCGGUAGUGAUCGUGGCCUCGAAGCGAGUCCUUUUACGGCGGGGACGAGCAUCGAAAGCGGAGGAGAGCAGCCUCCCUCCCCCCUCUGUCUUUCUCUUUCUCUCCCCGACUUUGGCGGGACGACCGCCUUUAUCCAAGCGGAGAAGAGGAUCGCGAGAGGGAAGAGAGAAGGAGGAAGAAAGAAGAAGAAAAAAGAAGACGAGAGAUCGAGAGCUAGACCAGAGCUGUCCCGGUGUGCGCGGAGUUGGCAUGGAGGGAUAAAACGUGGCGGAGAGAAUUGUGAGAAGAGAAAGGGGGAGAGAAAGAGAGGGAGGAGGAGGAAGGAUUGGAAAAAUUGGAUAAUAAAUUCGGCAUGAGGUAGAGGAGAGGAGGGAAUUUUGAAGGGGGAAGAAGAAAAGAGGAGAUUAAGCACGAGCGAUCGAUCGUGGAGGGAAGGUAGAUAAGGGGGGAAGCUAAAUGCCAGUUAAAAGAAAGGCGAGGAAGGAGGGUUAGAGGUGGAAAAGUGGUCGGGAUAGGAAGGUGGGAGGAAGGAGGAAGGAGAGGAAUGGGUGCCGGGAUGGGCAGGAGCGGCACGAGCGGCGGCUUCCUCGAGGCACUUCCCACGGGAACGCCGCUCCACGUGGCCAUGCUGGGCCUCGACAGCGCGGGGAAAACCACCGCGUUGUAUCGGCUCAAGUUCGACCAAUACCUGAACACAGUGCCCACUAUUGGCUUCAACUGCGAGAGAAUCCGUGGCGGCAUCGGGAAAGCGAAAGGUGUGAAUUUUCUCGUGUGGGACGUGGGCGGGCAAGAGAAAUUACGACCGUUAUGGAAGUCUUACACCAGAUGCACGGACGGUAUUAUCUUCGUGGUCGACUCAUGCGAUGCGGAACGGCUCGAGGAGGCCAAAAUGGAGCUGACCAGAACGGCGAGGAGCCCGGAUAACGCCGGUGUGCCCAUUCUGAUCCUAGCCAACAAGCAGGAUCUGCCAGGUGCCAAAGAGGUGGGCGAAUUGGAAAAGCACCUGGGCGUACUGGAACUGGCGGGGAUGCCGGGGAGCGCGUGCAUCAGGGUGCAACCGGCCUGCGCGAUUACCGGCGAGGGGCUCCACGAGGGUUUGGACACUCUUUAUCAGCUGAUACUGAAGCGGCGCAAGCUCGCGAAGCUGAACAGGAAACGGGCCAGGUAGGCCAGGGCCUCGGAGGACUGCACGUGCGUCUUCUGAUUUUGCAAGUCGCGGACAGUCUCUCCUUCGGGCACAGCCACGCCUUCCACGGUGUCUUCUUCCUCCCCGUCGCGAUGCCGCGAUGCCGAGCUGCUCGAGUGAACAACGGAACUGCGCGCGCAUCAACAUCCCCACGAACAUUGCUCAUUCGCCGUGGACAAAGUCGCCUCGUCGUUGCAAGCUCGCGCGAGCAACGCUGCCGAUUCGCGCCCUGGUCUCGAUCGAAAGCUUCCAAAGAUCGACACCGCGCGUAACGUAGAGGAUCUCCGUUCUUCCUCUCGAGAUAGAUCUCGACUCGAUGCUGAUCGUUUCAACGGAUCGGGGAAUUUGGGACAGGUGUUUUUCUAGACGCCCAAGUCAACGAGGUCGCGAGGACUAUUCAAGGGGAUACUCCUCCCCCUCCACGAACAGGAAUAAGUGAUCUAGGAAAUUUUUUUCUAGCUAGCGUGGAUCGAUCCACUCGCUGUUGCGAGAGAUAUUGUUAGACGAGCGAAGCGAAGGAUGUCUGUCACGACAACGAAUCAAGUGCUUCUUCGCCCUCGGAAUAAUAGAGAAGCUCUAUUUUGCCAAAAUUUUCAAACGGACGUUCCUCGGGACGUUUCUUUAGGAAAUACGAUUUUUAACCAUCCGAUCGCCUCUCGGCCUCUCACGGAUAACGAGCUCCCCGUUCUUUUUCGCCGGCCGAUGACGGAAAAAAUGGGGAAACGGCGUUCUUUUUUCUUUUUUCUUUUCCUUUCUUUUCGUGAGCUCCGGGAGAAGAGGAUUUUUCGAUAACGAAGGCUUCGUCCACGAGGCUUCGUUGCUGAUAACAAUGACGUCGAAUCGUAUUAAUAAUGCUGACGCGGGUCCGGGUCAAGGAGGGAGGCGAAGAUAAAAGCGCGGGUAUUAAUAACCGUGACUCGAACCCCGCCAAAUCAUCGAGAUUAAUUAAAAAUUAUCGCGACGGAGCUCGAACGUUCUCCUCCUCGUUUUCGAACGAGGAUGGCCGCACCAUGAUUUUAUCAUUCGGACAUUUUUAUGGAUAUCAUCGCGGAAGAGGAUUCUCGUCGCGGCGAGCAGAGGAGAAUUUUUCCUUUUCUUUUCUUUCCUUUUGUUUCUGCCACGUGAAAGAUAAUCGCUGAUUGGCCCUUCACUCGUGAAUGAAUUAAUCGCGUUAGCAAGGCUAGUAGUGAUACGCGUUCGUCGAGUUCGUAGAGCUCGAGGUGAAUGAAUCGAUAGGACCCUAGGUGUCCCGACGAUCGUGAUCGUGCCUCUCUAAUUUUUUGCACCUUUAUACCACGUGACACGAGAGUAAGAGAAAUGGAAAGAGAGAGAGAGAGAGAGGAAAAACGAUCAACGCGUGAAACGUCGAUUGCUUCUUCCCGAACGGAAUCUUUUUUUUAGCAAAACGAUGUGAUAACUAUCCCCUAUCCCUUAAACUAUCGUACGUGUGUAUAUCGUAUUCGUUGUAUCGUGCUCUAUAAGGGGCUAAUAUAGAAAAGGCGAAUCGAUCGUUUUGAGCUCGAUCGGAAAUCUCGAUACAUAUCUCGAAGAAACGGAUGAUCUAUCCUGAUGAUGAUGUGUAUAUAUAUAUAUAUAUAUACACUUUUCGUUGUAAUAUUCUUCUUGGAUACGUGAUUCGUUGACUCGAUCUGAUUUUUGCGUCCUAAGUUUUUGUUUUGCGUGAGUUUGUACGUUGAAUAAUUGUUGCGAGAGAAAAUUGUAUAUUUGUUACCGUAUAUCUUCGAAACUAAUUCUAUUUAGAAUUAUUUAGGAUUGGAGGAAUUGGUCGAUUUCCGCGCUGAAGGGCGGAGCUCAAAACGGUGGGUGCUCGUGUUUCUCUUGCCAAUGUAUACUUUUUAUCCAUAACGGUCCCUUCCACGUGCGGACAUCCGGUACGUGUACUUCUUAUCGACCACCACCAUUACCACCGUAAUACGAGACGAUAUUUUCUUAACGCUGUAUAUAGGAAACGCUGUAUCGCACGGGGAAGAUUAUCCUUCCGACAAUUGGACGCGUAGUUUUUUUUUUUUUUUUCCAUCACCGUGAAUUUCCUCUUCGCGAGGAAUCGAUGUCGAGAAAUUUAUUAUCGCGUAUAAAUGAUUCCUAUUCGUAGAAAAUAUCGUCGUCGUGAUUUAUAUUUGGAUACGGUACGGUCGGGGAAGAAGUCGCUAAUUAGAAGUGCAGUUCGCCAAACAAUCCAAGUUAUUAUGAUUAUUAUUAUUAUUAUUAUUAUUAUUAUUAUUAUUAUUAUUCGUUUUCGUUAUUUUCGAACAGCGCAAAACUUGUGAUUUCGUUCGUCGGUUCGUUCGUGUUCUCGUGGCCCACGCCCCCUUCUUAAACUUUCCUUCGUAACAUUUCUCCCUUUUCUCCAACUUUUCCCUUCGUAAAACAAGGAAAACAUCUCUCUCUCUCUCUCGCAAACUUUCUACCACCGUUCCUCUUCCCUUUCGCAAAAAUCACUUCGAUUCGAGGAAAUCUCGUUGAGAAAGUCAACGAGAUACAUUUACAUUCGCGUCUCGACAAGGAGUGGUUCUCGUGAAUCAAGAGAGAGGAGAGAGACAGAGGGAGAGAGAGAGAGAGAGAGAGAAAGAGAAAAGAAGCGGUUAAAAUCGAAUUUAACGUUUAAAGAUUGGACGAGCACAGCACAAAAGCGGACGAUAUUUUUAUUCAAAAUAGAGAGGAUGUGAUAAAGUGAUGAAGUAAGAGACUUCCUCUUGGAAAAAUCUGAACUCUUUUAUUUCCGAAAUAGACGAAGAGAAGAAAUGGGAGCGUACGAAGAUCGGACGAGGCAAUUUGACUGGUUAUUUAUUGGGGUGCGCGGAUCGAUAUUAGGCCGGGAGACACGGGAGGGCAACACGAGACCGGAAAUCGUGGUUUGCGGGCGACGAUACGUCAACGAAACAACGACCCGCUGUGACGGAAGUGGCUGGAUCGAAGAUGUUCCUCCGUAUGGAGAGAGAGAGAAAAAAAAGAAACGGAAAAUUUCGUUUCAAAUCUAGAGUUCCUUCGGAAAAACUUCUCUCCCUAGUUUCACGUUUGCUCCAAGUUUAUUUUGACAAAGUUUAUCGAUUUUUUCGAUCUCUAUCUUUAAAAGAACCUUUGAAAGAUUCCAUACUGACAUUGUUUUCCGAUUCUUCUUGGUUUCCCUCUCCCGAGCAAAAAUCUUUCGAAAGGGAGUGGGAAUUCGAAUUGUCAUCUGGAAGGAAUCGAUAAAGCUUGCAGUGAGUCACGUCCGGACACGGCGCCGCAAUUGCAAUUUAUUGUCGAGGGAGGCGAGCUCACGGUCACGCAAUUUUUGAAUAUUUAUUCUAAAAUUGCUACGAUAAAAGACGGGGUAUACGAUGCAUUCCCAGGAUCGAUAUGUCUUGUGGGAGGGGAGAGGGAGAGCAAGAGGGAAAUGUGAGCGGAAAUCGCGUUAUCGAUGACACGGAAAAAGUAAGCAAAAGGAGGAGGAGAUAAAGGGGCAUCAAAGUUGCACGAGACCAAAACCCCUCCAUCUCUCGAGGAAAUAGGAAACGAUGUCGCUUCGAUGACGCGUAUUACAUCGGAUAUCGGCCACCUGGAUAUUUUCUACGAAACGCUCGUUCCAUAUCCCCUCCCGAUUUAUUAUUUUGCAGCUUGUUUUCUAACCGUCGAAAAAUAUCAAUUCAUGAAUAUUCUUCUUCUUCUUUUUCUUUUUUUCUUUUUGCCAUGCGUUUUCCAUAAAAAAAAAAAAGAAGAAGAAACCGAUGUUCGAGCUAGGGGAAUAAUUAGACAUAAUUAUUCUCGUCAACGAUCUAAAAGGAUGAGGAAUGAACGAGGAUGAAAUUCGCGGCAGGAUCGGUGGAAAAGGAAUGGUGUGGACGGAGAGCACAUCAGGAACGGAACCAGUUUCUUCACACUUUGUUGCUCGAAGCAACGACUCCUUCGCGGAUACGUACGUACAUGCGUGCUUCCUACGAUUCACGCCGCGUUCCGGAAUGCGUUGAAAAUGCAUCGAUGGAAUGAUUUCGAGCUCUCUUCCUCAUCGAGUUCUUCCAUAUCUCCGAUUCUCUUCUUUCAAGAUCCCUUUCGGAAGAAUAUUCGGACAACGUGUAUAUCGUUACGAGCAACCUCCUUAAGCAGUACCAACUUUCCUCUCCUCACGUCCCACUUGCGGCGCCGCCUUAACCCAGUUGCAACCAACUUCCGGUGGCACCGAUCGCCACCUCCAACUCCGACAACUUAAUUACCACGGCCUCUAAUUACCGUGUCCUCCCGGUCCUCGACUGACUUAGAAGGGCGUCGCGACGAGAGCACGCGAUCCGGUUGUGCGUGUGUGUGAGAUUACGAGUGCGAGAAACGAGAGAGAGAGAGAGAAAUGGGUAAAAUAAAAUUCGUAUUGUACACACGACUGUAACACGAGUGUCGAUGCUAGUCGAGCCGAGAAUUAUUAAUUUCGGGGAACCAAGAGAGUGUGUUGUAACGAGUACGUGUAGCGUACGCCAAAAAAUAUAUAUAUAUAUAAAACGGAUUUAUACUUGUAAGAACAUUGUAAAUAGGCAAUUGCAGGCUGUAAGUUUUUCGUAGGAUUUCCUCGCGGCGUGGAAACCUGUUGGCUCGGUUCGGAGAAAUUUCUUUUAAACGAUUUAAGGGAUGUUGUUCAUUUUUCCAGGUUGAACGUUCUUGUAGUUUAUUCCGGUGUUGUUGUUCCGUUGAGAGAGAGAAAGGGAGGAUGAUUAAAAGUGAGUUAAGAUUAAGAAUUAAGAUUAGGAAAUUUCGUGAAUUUUGAUUUUCGCGUAUGAAUUGGCGAAUUUUGAUUGAUUGGUUGCGCGGAAGAUUUGAAGAAGAUUCGUUGGAGAAUUCGGAUAGUAAAAUUUGAAUAACUUAGAUAGCUAAUUGUUCGAUUAACUGGCGGGGAGAAGGGAAUUUGGUUCCGUUUAAACGUUCGAUGGAAUGUGGGUAACGGAUCAGAAUGAUUAAUCAUCGCGCGAUGAUUAAGAGCGACUGAUCGACAUAUCAGUAUAAUAAUCAUUGAUUAUAAUUUAUCCGAUCCAAGUGCCGAAGUUUUCCACGCUUAGAAAAAAAAAAAAAAAAGAGAAAAAAAAGAAAGGAAAUCGACCAAUGUCUGUCGAGUAUGAUUGUUGUUUUUUAUAUCGACUGUCGUUCAAAAAAAUUCUAUUGUAUACUAUACUUGCCCUUGUUGUGUUUUAUUACCAUUCGAUAUUUUAUCUCGUGCUUCUCGAUCGAACGAUAGAUCGUAUAUUUGUGUAAUAAUUAAACACGGCUAACCGAGUAGCGAACGAUUAAGCGAGAGAAGAAACGAGGAGAAUUUGUGAGAGAUGAUCGAGCGCGGAAUUGUGAAUAACGAUUGUGAGAGAAAGGAAGGAAGGAAGGAAGGAAGUAAGAGAGAAAGAGAGAGAAUGUAAAGAAUGCAUGCAAAGAAAGAAAAAAGAGGAAAAAAAGAAAAAAAAAAAGAAAAAAACGCGUUUCUACCGUAACGAGAACAAUUAUUAUUAUAUCGUCGUUCGUCCUCGCGCUUGAAUAUUCGUAUAUUUAUAUAGCAUAGACUCGCCACUCUUCUCUUGUGUGCGUGCCGUAGAUGCGCCAGGUGAAUGUUGAUUGUAUUCCCGGGGACACCGGCUCCAGUCCCAACCAGACUGAUGAACGAAUCCUUUCCGACUGUGAGCGAGGAUUUUUUCCAAAUAAAUCAGCUAAUUCCGUUAUGUUUUAA